AUGACGGAGGCGGAAGCGGCUCGGGGAGGAUGUAGCGGCGCUGGCAGCGGCUGUGGCGCCGCGAUCUCCCCGCCCCUGCAGCCGGCCGGCCCCGCCAUGGAGGUUCAAGAUGCUGGGCAGGAGAUGGUGGCAUCUUCUGGCACACCAGGAUCAGGCAAAUCAAAGCUGGACACAUUGCCCAAGGAAGACCUCAUCAAGUUUGCAAAAAAGCAAAUGAUGCUUAUACAGAAAGUGAAGUCAAGAUGUGCAGAACUGGAGAAAGAAAUUGAAGAACUCAGAUCUAAAGCAGCCACUGCAGGAGGUGAUGAUAUUAUUCAGGCUCUCACAGAAAGGCUGGAUGUGGUGCUUCUGGAAAAAGCUGAAAGUCAGCAGCAGUGCAUAGCUCUGAAAAAAGAAAAUGUUCAAAUAAAGCAAGAAGCAGAGGCUGCAGUGGCUAAAACAGAAGAAUUAGAGAAGCAACUGGAACAAUCAAGAAUUGACUCUCUGGAAGAAAUAAAAGCUCUGAAGAGUGAAUUAGCAAAUGCACAAUGCAAGCACAAUGAGGAUUUAAAAAAGCUGAAGAUGGAAUUAGAUGAACAAGUGAAGAAACAAAUGGAGCUGGUGGAACAGGUUGAAUGUUACAAUGAUAGUCAAAAAGAAGUUAAAAGAUUACAAGAUGAUGUCCAAAGAAUUAAAUCUACUUAUGAAGAGCAAAUUUUGUGUCUGAACAAGCAGUUGGAAGCUGUGAAUGAAGACAAAAACAAAGAAGUGACAAAUCUGCAAGAAACUAUUAAAAGCACCUCUCAGUGUUACCAUAAUGAAAUAAAAAAUCUGAAUGAAGAGCUUAAAAAAUUAAAAACUGCUCAUCAGGAAGAGGUGUCAGAACUAAUGCAUCGGAUUGAAAUAUCAUCUAAAGAAAAUGAAGAAAAGCAAAAUCAAAUCAAUCAGUUGCAGCAUAAUUUGGCAGAGAAAAAUGCCAAGGAUGAAAUGCAUGCUCAGACUGACCAGCGUGAAUAUGACUUGGAGCAGCUGAGAGAAGUGCUACAUAAAAAUUUAGAAAACAAAAUAGAUGUUGCAGAUACACAAGAAGAACCUUGUGUAAAAGCAAAAAUGGAGGAAAAAGUUAGGUACCUGGAGCAUAGUUUAGAAGAACUCCAGUCCCAACAUAGUAUAUUAAAAGAUGAGUUGACUUAUAUGAGCAAUGUCAAGACAAAACUGGAAGAGGAAAUCCAUCGUAUGAAGGAUGAGUACUUUCAUGAGCGGGAAGACUUGGAUUUUAAGAUCAAUGAAUUGCAGCUUACUAAAGAAGAUUACUGCUGUGUAAUUGAAAAACUGAAAUUGGAGCUUCAAGCAGCAGGACAGCACUAUGAAACUGCUGCAAAAGAGCACAAAUUAGAGGUUCAGACUCUGAAAGAUCAGCACCAGAGAGAAAUUUCUGAACUAAAUGAAACUUUAUUAUCUGGUUCCGAAAAAGAACAGAUGGCAUUAGUUUUUGAAAUGCAGGAACUUAGAGAACAACUUGAGAAGGUAACUCAGGAGAAAGAAGAAGCAGUGUCCAAUUACAACAGCCUGAGAGAAACAAUGGAAACUCUACAGGCUGAGCUAGGUGAAUCUGCUGGAAAGAUCAGCCAGGAGUUGGAAUCAAUGAAACAACAGCAAGCUUCUGAUGUCAGUCAACUGCAACAGAAACUCCGGGCUGCUUUCAGUGAAAGGGAUGUUCUUCUUGAAAAUGUAAAUCACCUCCAGGAAAAAGUAAAAAAAUUUUCAGAAGAGACAGAAGAACUUAAAUGUAAAAUCGUUAGUCUUCAGGAGGACAAUAGUGCAAUGGCAAGCUCCGUUGACCAAAAAGAGAUUACUGUAAGAAAACUGGAAGAGAAAAUCACUGCUCUUACUGAUCAAAACAGGGAUAUUUUAAAUGAUGUAAAGUGCUUGAGUGAAGAGAGAGAAACCCUUCAGGAAACAUGCAAGCAAAACCAAGUUAAAAUGCAGGAACUUCAGCAAGAAGUAGAUUGUGCUAACCAGGACAAUAAUGACCUGAAGCAAAAGGUAGAGGAAUUAACAGAGAGACUGAGUGAAGCUUUCAUUUCUAAGGGUGAAAAUGCUCAAAUGCUAGAACAAUUAGAAAAACAGAUUGAAUCUCUGGUGCGUGAAAAAGAGCAGCUUUCAUCUGAAGUGCACACUCUGCAUGAGGAAAAUAAGAAACUCAUUCAGGAAAAAGGUGAAUUAAGUGAAGAGCUGGGAAAGACUACGUCUGAAAAAGAUAGUUGUUCACUAUUGAAAGAGCAGUCUGAAAACUUAGAAAAGAAACUACAAAUGAUGACUGCAGAAAAAGACCAUAUAUCAACAUUACUUGAAAAUGAACAAGUGCACACAUCCCUUGUAAGAACUCAGCUAUACCACUUACUUGAGCAAGUGGGGUUCAGCAUUUCAGAUUCUAAUGAAGAAAAUGAUUCUCUUAACUUGUUAAAAAUUGCAAAUGAAUGCUUGUCAAAAAUUAAAGAAGAGCAGUGCCUUGCUCAUGAAAAAGAGGAGGAAGUAAUUAGUUUGCAGCGAGAAGUUGAGAGACUAGAGGAAGAAAAUGCGGCUCAACAUAGAGAACAUAGAUCCCUGAUUCAGGAUUUUGAAAAAGAAAAGAAUCUUUUGAGAGAAGAGCUGGAAGGAGUGUUGUCUGAAAAAGAAGCACUUCAACGUGAUAUCCAGGAGUUGAGAAAUGCCAGUGAAAAAACAAGGAUUGAAAAUCAAGAUCUUUUAGCUAAUACUGAAGAGAUGAGUCAAAAACUUGCUCUUUAUGAAAAUCAAAUACAAGAACAGCAAAAAGGAUCUGAAAAGCAAGACGACUUAAAUUUCAUUCUGGAACAAAAGGAAACUGAGCUUAGAAAUGUGAAAGACGAACUGAGUUCUCUAAAGAAUUUAAUGGAAACAAUGACUGAGAAAACUGAUGAGCAAUCUUCAGUAGCAGAGCUUCAAGAGAAAAUUGGGAUGCUCGAAAAAGAAUCUGCUGAAAAAGGAGAGAAGCUAAAUAAAAUUAAAGUGGUUGCUGUGAAAGCCAAGAAAGAAUUAGAUGCCAGCCGAAAAGAGGUGCAGACUCUGAAGGAAGAGUUGGAGUUGGUUCGAUCAGAAAAAGAUCAAUUGUCUGCUUCAAUGAAAGAUGUCAUUCAAGGAGCUGAAAGCUAUAAGAAUCUUCUGAUGGAGUACGACAAGCAAGGAGAGCAGCUGGAUUCUGAAAAAGGCAGAGCAAAUAACCUUGAACGUCAGAUAGAGGACCUCACAAGACAGCUACAGGUGUCAUCUGAGCAGCAUGAUCAGUUAUGUUCUGCUAAUGAAGACCUCCUGGCUCGUGUUGAAACAGUGCAAAAUAAUGCUAAGCUGCUGGAAACUCAGAUACUGGAGAUACAAAGGGCCAAAGCAAAGGCUGACAAAGAACUAGAGGCUGAAAAACUUCUAAGAGAGCAGAAAACAAAGGAACAUAGUGGUGCUCUCCGAGAAAUGGAGGAGCUUCAGAUGCAACUUCAGAAGGAAAAGAAACAUCUGCAGAAAACUAUGCAAGAACUAGAGCUGGCCAGAAAGGAUGCUCAAAAGAGUACACUGAUGGAUAUGGAAAUAGCUGAUUAUGAAAGGCUAGUAAAAGAACUUAAUCAGAAGAUUACUGAUAAAGACAACAGAAUAGAAGAUCUUGAGCAAGAAACAGGGAUUCAGAAACAGAAACAAGAGACCCUACAGGAAGAAAUAAAGUCACUUCAGUCAACUAUGCAACAGGAUGAGGAAAGAAAUGCCAAGAUAAAACAACUCCUGGUGAAAACCAAAAAAGAGCUGGCUGAUUCAAAACAAGCUGAAAAUGACCACCUAAUGUUGCAGGCAUCAUUGAAAGGGGAACUGGAAGCAAGCCAACAGCAAGUGGAAGCUUAUAAGAUUCAAGUGGCUGUGCUGACAUCAGAAAAGCACAAAGUUCAGGAGCAGCUGAGAACAUCCUCGGAGCAGCACCAGCGGACAAUGAGUGCUUGCCAGCAAAAAAUUGCAACCCUGCAAGAGGAGUGCAGAGCAGCCCAGGCUGAACAAGCAUCUGUUACAUCUGAAUUUGAAAGCUACAAAGUUCGUGUUCAUAAUGUGCUAAAACAGCAAAAGAGUAAAUCUACUGCUCGGACAGAAUCUGAAGGAGCCAAACAAGAAAGGGAACAGUUGGAAAUGGUGAUAGAUCAGCUUAAAGUUAAGCUGCAAGAUGCUCAGCAUAAUUCACAGAUGAAUGCCUCUGAACUCCAGGCAUUGCAGUCUGAACACGACACCCUGCUGGAAAGGCACAAUAAGAUGCUGCAAGAGACUGUUGCAAAAGAAGCAGAACUCCGUGAAAAGCUCUGCACAAUACAGUCUGAGAACAUGGUCAUCAAAACAGAGCACGCCCAGGCGUUGAGUCAGCUGACAGCCCAGAAUGAAGCUCUCCGGAACAACUUCAGAGAUCAGGUCAGGAACCUGCAAGAAGAACACAGGAAGACAGUAGAGACACUUCAGCAGCAACUCUCCAGAGUAGAAGCUCAGCUCUUCCAACUCAAGAGUGAACCAAGCACUAGAGGUCCAGCUGUUUCAAAUCCAGCAACGAAGACCUUGAGAGAGCGGCGGAGCACUGACCUUCCUGUGCUCGAUGUGCACACUGUGGCUAGGGAAGAGGGAGAAGGUAUGGAAACAACAGACACAGAGUCUGUGUCCUCAGCCAGCACCUAUGUGCAGUCCUUGGAGCAACUGCUGAACUCACCAGAAGCAAAGCCUGAACCAUCUCAGUGGCAAGCAGAUCUCAGCAAGGAUGAGCUGAUUCAGAAACUAAACACAACAACUAAGAGUGCUGAUCACUUGAAUGAAUUACUCCGUGAAUCAGAAGCAACCAAUGCAAUCCUAAUGGAACAAAUAAAGCUUCUUAAGAAUGAAAUAAGAAGAUUGGAAAGAAAUCAAGAGAGAGAGAAGUCUGUGGCUAAUCUAGAAUACUUGAAGAAUGUUCUACUGCAGUUCAUAUUUCUGAAAUCAGGAAGCGAGAAGGAACGGCUGCUCCCAGUUAUAGACACCAUGUUGCAGCUCAGCCCUGAAGAGAAGGGGAAGUUGGUUGCAAUUGCCCAAGGUGAAGAAGAGAGUACCUCACGGCCUUCUGGGUGGGCUUCGUACCUCCACAGCUGGUCAGGACUUCGAUAAAACAGUGGAAACACUGCAUCUUUAAAAACAUUCCACAACUGCAAAACUGAGAAAUCUUACUGUAGAUCUGUUGGUGUUGUAUCAUUGAACUACAGGGUUUUAUUUUUGUGUGGUUUUUUUCAGCUUUUUAGGCUCCACUAAGAAAGAAGCCUGCAGUAGCUCUGAAAGAUGGUCCUAUGUUAUGCUCUGGCAACAGUGAACUAUUUUUCUUGAAAAUAUUAAAACAGAUAAUAAGAACUAUGAGAAGUGACAAAUUCAUUGCAAAUAGUUUGGAAACAGAAUUUGUCAACCUGUGAUAGUUCUUUUGAUAUCAGUUAAAAAGUUUGACCUUAUAUUAACUGGAAUAACUAGAGUUUAGAUUUUAAGCAUUUAAAAGUGUUUACAGUUGCUUUCACAUAUCACUGUCAGCUAGCUAAUCUAUAUGGUUAGUGUUACUCUCUGCACAUUUAAGAAAUUUAAAAUUAUUUCCUCUCUUGUGAAGGCUACAAAAUGUAAGAUAUUUAAGAAACAGGGCAUUUUCUGCUUUAAAGUUGUUGUCUUUCUUAAAUUAUUUUGCUUUUGCAGAACAUGAAGGCAACCGUUCACAAAAUGUAGAGGGUGCAAAAAUCUGUAUGAAAUACAGUGCUUGUCACACUUGGGCAUGGUACUAUAACAGAGAUUAAUGGCGUCUAUGGAGGCCUUAGGAUAGUACUCCAAGACUUAGAGGUCCUAAGUGAGCUGAAGCUUUAUGAGAAAGGGCUUGAGCUAGGGCAUUUUAAUCUGAGCUUGGAAGUUUGUGGAAAAGACCAGGAAAAAAUGUUCCAUUACUGUAACAAUGUCUCUAAUUGGAUGACAAGACUACUCACACUGACUUAGUCAUAGUGAAGACACUAAAGAAUGCAUCUGAGCCCACAGGUCAUAACAUCAACUUCUGAGGGAAAAGAAUGAAGCUUUUGUCAAUAGAUGCAUUUUUCAAAUGUUCUAAUGAUUGAAGAUCUUACUCUCUCCAUUACCUGUGUGUGUACAUUGUUUGCGCAGAUAUUUGCACAGAUGAGAUGGUCUCUGUUCCAGGUUACUCAACAGAAUGUUAUAGGUUUUUCCCAAGAAAAAUAAAUUUCUACCAUCUCUUC